AUGUCUUCACCUCGGGCGAUAAACUUUUUGAACUUCAACCAAAUAGGAUCAUGUAUAUCGAUGGGGACAUCGAAGGGAUUCGAAAUCUUCAACUGUGAUCCCUUCGGUAAAUUUUAUUCUGAUGAUAGCGGAGGAUAUGGAAUUGUUGAGAUGCUAUUUUCGACUUCGCUACUGGCAGUUGUGGGGGUUGGUGAUCAGCCAGCCAUGUCGCCCAGAAGGCUCCGAAUUAUAAACACGAAGAGACAUUCGAUAAUAUGUGAAGUGACAUUCCCUUCCACAAUUCUUGCGGUGAAAAUGAACAAAGCCCGUCUUAUUGUUCUUUUACAAGAUCAGAUUUACAUCUACGACAUCAGCAACAUGAGGCUGCUUCAUACCAUCGAAACCGCUUCGAAUUUGAGAGGCUUGAUCGCAGUGUCACCUUCGUUAGAAAGUAACUACCUUGCAUAUCCGUCUCCACCCAAGGUUAUUAAGUCAGAAAUCAAAGGUCAUGCUACAACAAACAAUAUAAGUCUAUCAUCUAAUGAUACAGGAGUGAGCCCGAACUCAAACGCGGUUGCAGAUCCAGUCUCAUCUUCAGCACAGCGACCAAUUGCAGGUGACUCGACGGCUGGGACUAGUUCUUCGGUAGAGGUAGCACAUAAUUCAAUUACACCCACGCUCAAUCAUAACAACCCAAAAAAUGCCAAUAAUAUCAUGAAAAAUGGAGAUGUGAUUUUGUUUAAUAUGCAAACGCUUCAACCAGUUAUGGUGAUUGAGGCACACAAGGGUGAAAUUGCAGCUUUGUCUAUGAGUCGGGAUGGAUCACUACUUGCCACUGCAUCGGAGAAGGGGACGAUCGUGAGAGUUUUUUCAGUUGAAACAGGUUCUAAGGUUUAUCAGUUUCGAAGGGGAACUUAUCCCACCAAGAUCUAUUCGAUGUGUUUCAGUGACGAUAAUCAAUUCCUGGCUGCCAGUUCGUCCAGUAAAACUGUCCAUAUUUUCAAACUCGGCAAUGCAGCUUCUGCAACGGGCGCUGUGGAUGCCCACAACAACAGCGACCUAGAGGAUCAAGAUGCCGACGAUUUUUCCAUCGAGGAAGUGGAUGACGGUGAUCAAGAGGAAGUUGUAUCAUUGGAUCGAACCUCCACUGCGAGUUAUGACUCGUCGCAGGCCGAUAAUCACCUCAAAGAACCGGUAGUGGAUGCAUCAAGAAGAACUGUAGGUCGCAUGAUAAGGAAUUCAUCUCAAAGACUCUCGAGGAGAGCUGCGCGAACCUUAGGUGCUUAUUUUCCUUCGAAGGUGACGUCCAUAUUGGAGCCUUCUAGGCAUUUUGCGAGCCUGAAACUCCCGAUCGAAACUGGAGCAACGAUAAAGUCUAUCACAACCAUUGGCCAACUAGUCGAUAUUGACACUGCAGAAUAUCCCGAACUUUUCGAGAAUAGUUUAUGGAAUGCUUCUGCAAAUGAGCCGAAGGCUAGUCCGAUGAAGAUGAUACCAGUAAGGGUCAUAUCAUCUGAUGGCUAUAUGUACAAUUACGUUUUGGAUCCAGAGCGGGGUGGUGAUUGUUUGCUGCUCAGUCAGUUUUCAUUAUUAACGUACUAG